CAGCGAUGUUCGUGAACGCAUCCUGGAUUGUAGUUCCGUUUGGGGGCGAGAAGCAGGAUGUUGUUGUUAGCUUCAGCGGUGGAUGAGAAAAUGCAGUAGUCCCACACAUUUUUGGAUGUUAUAAAGUAAUGGGCUGAUUUCCGCUUGUGUUCAAGAUGGCGAGAGACAGAAAGUGCAUCCUCUGUGAAACAGUCCAUGUCUCCAAGCAGGAGAUGGAUGAGCACAUGAGAAGUAUGCUGCACCACCGUGAGCUGGAGAAGCUCAAAGGCCGGGACUGUGGACACGAGUGCAGAGUGUGCAAGGUGACGGUGGUGAGCCUCACUGAUUAUGCCAGCCACAUUUCCAGUCCCACGCACAAGCAGAAUGUGGAGGCUGCAGAACAAAAGCAUGCCGGGAAUGACCAUGAUGAGUACUACUUCGAUCAGGCGUUGGUGGACCUGAUUGAGAAGAGAAAAGAACAUGUCAGAAAAGAGAAAGAGGCUGCUGCUGCAAAGCUGGCAAAAGAAGAAGAGGAUCGAAGGAGAAAGGAGGAGUUUCAGCAAAGGUUAAAGGAAGCUAAGGAGCAGUACCGGCUGGGAUGUGGCUGGCAGCAGCCAUCACAGGGGUUCAGUGGAUCCAGUCAUCACAAUUCUUGGUACAGAAACAACCGAUAUAAUGCCAGAGCAGGAGAGGCACAACCCUGGCACCACAGUAAACAGGGAAAGAGUGCCACUUGGCAUGCUCAGGAGCCUCCCAACUUUCAGAAAUGGGCAUCUGGGGGGUUUGCUGGUGGAAGCUUGCAUAGUCAGGAAAGUUUGGGCAACAAGCAGUCUGAUCAGGGGCCAAUUUUUGGUAAUCAACGAAGUCGACUGCCUUGGCUCAGCAACGGAGGCAGUAGCCACGGGGUCUAUGGUCGAAACAAUAUUUCCCUGAACCCACAAAGGGGCCGGCCCCUGAGCCUUUUCGGGCCUCCUAUGUAUCCACCUCCACCCAGUUUUUUUGCCCAGGCUCUUAACCAGGUUCAAAAUACCGGCACCGACCGGGGAGGUCAGCAGGCCGAUGGGCUUCAGAAUAAAGAGGGACAAACAGCAGAACCUGACCACAGCAGUAGUAAGAGCUCUAAGACCUUUGGUAGUAAUCCAAAGCUGGACAAAGCCUGUCGCUGGUCACCCUAUCCAGUCACAAAGGGUUUUGAAUCUGUACUACACAAGGAAACAAACCCAAACUCAUCAGAGAAGAGUCCCAAAGUCCCUAAACCCCAGAAGCAAGACAAGGCACCAGAAAAAAGUGCCUUUAGCAGGCAGUCUCGACCUGAACAGAAAUCAGGGCAGCUGACCUCGAGUGGACAAAGUGUGGAAGAGCAAGGGAAGCAUAAAACAAAUCCCCAAACCAAACUCAGUGAUAGGAGUAGCAGCAGCAGUAGUAGAAGCAGCAGUGCUCAGGGAGAUGGCCACCAUAACUCCACAUCUGGUCUUUCCAAUCAAAAGGCAAAUAAGCCAUUACAACAUAAAGAUCAGAAGAUGUCCUCAAUUUUUGGUCUCAACAAUGGAGCUAAACUCAACAAGGCCUCAUGUCAAGCGCAUGCACAUCAAAAGAGUGGAUUCAUUUCCCAGGCUCCACCACCUGUUGGGCCUCUUCAGUCAAGGAAAGAACGAAAGCUUCCAGAAACGUUCAACAAAGCCAAACAGAUUGUGUUAGAAAAGAGAGGCUCUCUGGAUAGCUCGAGAAACAACAGUAUGGAAAUGACACUGCACAUUGUGGAGGAGCAGCAAAGGGAUCAUGUCCAGAAUCAGAUUGGAGUGAACAAAGAAAACAGCUGUAAGCACAAUGCAGCUAAACAAAAUUUACCUGUCAGGUCAGAAAAGCCCGCAUUGCAGUCUUCAGACAGCGGCCAGUUUCUCCAAUCAUUGCAAGUUAGCACCUCUACCAUGGAGAGCUCAGAGCCUGCAGCCUCAAGCAGGGAAGACGAGGAGAACAGAAAGAAAGUGGAGAAGUAUUCAUGCCCAGUGGCACCAGAUGAAGCCAUGCAGGCUGUUGAGGCAGGGCAGAGCUCAGAGAGUGACAACUCCAGAAGUGGUGAAGCACAGACUGUCUCAGGGUCAAACACAUCAGGUCUGUCCAAACUUGACCUGCCUCCUGUGUUAAAACGUGACCUGACCAAACACAUCAGCUCCAAGAGCAAAACUGGUAGCCACGAGCCCAACCUGAACAUUGCCAGGCGGGUGCGAAACCUGAGCGAGUCACGGAGAAGUGACACAGAAAAGGACUCGGGGCUUAAACCAACUGUACGGCAGCUCAUCAGCUCCUCUGGAUCUCGACGUAAUGUAAACUGGGAGCAGGUGUAUCAGGAGGUCAGGAAGAAGCAAGACAAAGGAAAAGGCAUGCCAAGGUUUGGGAUAGAAAUGGUGCCAUGUGAACAGGAGGAAGAUGACAUUCCCCUGCUAGAGGGUUUCCAAUGGGAGUCAUUAAUGGACAUAUCCGCCUCGGGCGCCUCCCGAAAACGCUCCUUGUCAGAGAGCAGCCUCGCCCCUGCAACCGCUCACUCCCUGUUUACAUCCAUGAUGUCAAAGGAGACGGCACAAAGAGAAGGCCUUAGCUCAGAGCAGCAGGGAUCCUCCAUUUCUCCCAGUCCCAUAUACACUCAAGAGAACAAAGACAGUCAGCAUCAGCAAGAGGUAGAGCAGAUACUUGGUCAGUUUGAGGCUAAAAAAGAGAAGCAGCCAGACACACUUACAUCUGCAACAGUAAAGGCCCUUCAGCGGUCUGAUUCAGUGCUCGGGGACAGCAGUUCGGGGACUGAGCAGAAUGACGGACAGGGAGCAGGAAAGAGGCGAAGAGCAGCUGGGGAUGUUCAAAGUGCAGAGACCUCUAGCUUGGAACAUAAUAACAAAAGAAGGAAGGUCAAAUCCAAAAAAGAGCGUUUACAGAUUGACCAGCUGCUGGCUGUGUCUUUGCGGGAGGAAGAGCUGAGUCGCUCCCUGCAGACAGUGGACACCAGCCUGAUCCAGGCCCGGGCUGCACUAGAGGCCGCCUACAUGGAGGUGCAGCGUCUCAUGGUGGUUAAACAACAGAUGACUGGAGAGAUGAGCUCACUGAGAAACAAGCGCAUCGAGUUACUAAAAGGGAUGCAAGGUAGUAUGGAGGAAACGCCGCAGGUCAAACUGAAAGAAGAAAAGAUGGAUUCAGUAGAAGCUGAGCCACACGUGCCCUUCUCCACUACGCUUUCCUCUGUUACUGACACUGCUGCUGCUCCCAGUCCUAGCCCUGUUGCCGAGCGUGCCUCCCCUCCCUCUUCCAGCCUUUCCUUUAUGCCUGUAACUAUCAAGCAGGAGCCUCAGUCUCCUGUCCAUGUUAGCUCAGAGCCAGAUCCUGUGGACAACAUAACCCACUUUGCUCACAGCACCACUCCAGAGCUGCCUCCUGCUCCUGCUGCAGCCUCUCUACCAGAUCCUGCCCUUAAUUUCCAGCCAUCUCCUGAAAGAAAGCUCGAGCUGUACCAAUCGAACACAGAACAAAACUGGGAGGACUUCAGCGAACUUGCAGACUGCAAAGAGAGCCUGUCAGCACUGGUUGAGACAACUGAAAAGGCCAUACAGGCAACGCGGAACUCUCUCACCUUUUUGCCUGACUCUAAAGCGUCCAUAAAGCUUCUCUCAGAUAGCAGAACAGGCUCUGAGGUGGGCAGUGUUGUUGACUGUGCAGCCACACACUCCUUUGAGCCCCCCUCAGUCCCCAAUCUGCCUGCCUCUCCAUCUGAACUGAGGAGCGGAAAGCGUGUAAGGAAGCUGAAGAAGAGGAAAGAGUUGAACAAGGUCCAAGGGACAGAGCAGGCUGAGAGCAGCGACACAGAGUUAGAUGGAGAGGCCUUAAGGCCGAAGUGGCUUCGACCACGGAGGAGACCCAGUGGAAGCUCGCAGGUCAGUACCUCCACUCAGCCUUUAGAAGAUAGAGAGGGAGACAUAAACACAGAGAGAAGUGAGGAGGUAUCUAGGCAGCUUUUUCCUGCUGUCAGACUUGAGAAACUAAAAUUCAAGUCCCCCAAACGAAUGCCGCAGCUUCUCCAGGUGGCCCCCGCCGAACAUGCAGUGAACUUAGAUUCAGAGGAAAGUAUGGAGGUCACUGCAGCCUGUCAGCCGCCCCACAUGGAUGCCCCGAUUCCUGCUCCCCAUCCAGCCCAGUACUGUGACUCCUCAAGACCUGAGCCACGGAGCCUGGCCUGCAACGAGGUCACCUCCACCAGUGACAUGGAUGUGUGUAGAUCCUCGGAGAGUGACGUGCAGUAUACCUUCACUUCAUUUGACAAGAUAACGAAGACCUCAUCAGAUGCAUCAUCUGACCACGGUGAGGAUGAUUUGCCCACGGAGGGUGUGUUCGAGGGCCACCAGGAGGCAGUGAAUGCCAUGCAGAUCCACAACGGGCUGCUGUACACGUGCUCAGGAGACCGGACUGUCAAAGCCUUCCACCUGGUGACUCAUGAGUGUGUGGGUGUGUUUGAGGGUCACAGCUCCAAAGUGAGCUGCCUGUAUGUGUCCGCGGCUCCCGGUCUGCAUCAUCGCCUUUAUUCUGGUUCCAGUGACCAGACCAUUCGCUGCUACAGUCUCAGGACACGAGAACUUGAGCAGCAGUUCUCUCUGUCAGACCGAGUCCUCUGCCUCCACAGUCGCUGGAAGAUUUUAUACGCUGGUCUGGCAAACGGCACAGUGGUGACCUUUAACCUCAAGACCAACAAGCAGAUGGAUGUGUUUGAGUGCCACGGGCCGCGGCCUGUGAGCUGUCUGGCUUCAUCACAGGAGGGAGCCCGGAGGAUCCUGCUGGUUGGCUCUUACGAUAGCACCAUCAGCGUGAGAGACGCCAAGAACGGACUGUUGCUGCGCACACUGGAGGGGCACACCAAAACUGUACUCUGCAUGAAGGUGGUCAAUGACCUUGUAUUUAGUGGAUCCAGUGAUCAGUGUGUUUACGCACACAACAUCCAUACAGGAGAGCUGGUGCGGGUCUACAAGGGCCACAGUCAUGCUGUUACUGUAGUGGCCGUCCUGGGGAAGGUGAUGGUGACUGCUUGUCUGGACAAACUUGUCCGCGUCUACGAUCUACAGUCUCAUGAUCAGCUGCAGGUUUAUGGUGGACACAAGGACAUGGUGAUGUGUAUGGCUAUCCACAAGAACAUGAUCUACACAGGCUGUUACGAUGGCAGCGUGCAGGUCAACAAGCUGAACCUGAUGCAGAACUACCGCUGCUGGUGGCACGGCUGUUCGCUGGUGUUCGGGAUGAUGGAGCAUCUGCAGCAGCACCUGAUGAAUGACCACACCAGUGCCAACUCCCAGACGCUUAAGUGCCGCUGGAAAAAUUGUGAAGAGUUUUUCUGUGCACGCAACAACUCCAAGCAGGGGAUGCUGAUGCAUAUGCAGAAACACGCUGAGGAGGAGAAUGAAUUGGAGCCUUAAGGACUGGUGGUGGGAACUUUGUUUCUCCGAGCCCUCUACCCUUACCUGCUAUCUUUACCCUCUUAACCUCCCAUAUUGGGGGGGAUGUUCUUGGGACCCACUAAACCUGUCAAGCCUGAUGAGUGGCGUCUGACGACUCCAUCCUUUAUGUUCGGUGUUGGAAUCCAACCAAAAUACAAUCAUGAAAGGAGGGUUGGUUGCGCUGUUGUUGUCUUUUUUAUGUUCUACAAAACACGCCUUCCUCUCUCUCUCUCUGACCGACCACUGCAGUUCCUCUUUUCACUGACCAAAGUUAAGAGAAAGAAACACAUGACUUUUUUAUUGAAGAAACUUCAGCGUUGCCAGUAUCAGAGGGACUUGUUAUGCUUUUCUGUUGAAACAGACACAGAAACCAAUAGUCAUCUUCCAGAUUUGUUAGCUACAAUAUGGCAUGGGUUAAGAGAUGUUUUUAUUGUUGUUGUGCAGUUAUGUGUCAUGUCGAGCAACAGUUAUUUUCCGUUUCUUUUUGUUUUGUUUAAUUAUGUUGCCAUAAUUCACUCAAAGUAACCUUAUGUUUAAGAUAAUAAUGAGUGAUUUUAAAGUUUUCAGAAAUUCAUGGUGUAGUCUCACAGGUCGUGUUUUAAUUAAACGGUGUGCGUAUUUGUUUUGAAGACGUUUUUUUCAUUUUCAGUUUUGUUUUCAGAAAAAUCCAGUUGCUAACAAUCUCUCUUUGUUUUGUUAGCAGUUUAGGAUUACAUUUAUUUUUGUUGCUCAGUGAUAUUAAAGUGUUGAGGGAAUUUGGUGCAGUGUUUUGUGACUUGGCCUGAGGUUGCCAUUUGAGAAUUUAUAUUUGCAGUGAGAACAGAACCAAGACAGGGUGGUAGUGUGUGUUCCUACAUGUGUUUAUCUGUGUAGGUUUAUUCUCCCUAAGCGUUGAGUGUUUUAACUCCGUUUGGCGAACCCUGGGUGAGUGUGAAGUACUGUUUUUAUGACACAAUUUUCUCCUUAGAGAUAUUGUUUUUGCAAAUUUAUUUUAUAUUUGAAGCAUCGAGCAGAAGGCGCUGGAGCUGUAUUUUCCACAGUGAAGAUAGUUUUCUAAUGAAGCGUGGAGGUGAAGGAUGGUUCGAGGAGGUGUUCGAGGGAAGAGCAUGAAGGGAAAUAUUAGGAUUCAUCUCCCAUGCCAUACCUCACCGCCUAAAAACUGCCAAGUUUGUAACACGAAGCCAUUUUUUAAAGGCAAAUUAAACCAGUUUUAAGUAGUAUGAAAGUCCAGCUGAUGCUCUCUUUGGAAUAGUUUGUUGUGGUUACAGCGCUCUUGUUUGUGUCCUCUAUUUUUGAGGAUUAGUUGUCAGCCGAGUUAACCCGACGUUCUCACAACCCCCAUCUUCCAAACUUGCCUCAUACGCUCAUUUUUUAUGACUGAGGAAAGCAUGCAGUUCACCUCUUACCUGGCAUUCCUGAGUUUCUUCAAGUUUUUCAGUUAUCAAAGUUGUGAAGAGAUAUUUUUUAAGAAAGUGCAAUGUAAUACAUUGUUAAUAAUAAUAAAAAAAUGUUGCAAUAUGAUAAAA